UCUCCGCCAGAGAUAUCGGUAUCGUCCACGUUGUCUUCUGCCAUCCUUCCUGGUAUCGACUUGUCCGGCACUUGAUCCUGCGCCAUCGAAGGCCUCCGGUCCCGCUGGGAUUGUAAUACCACUUCUUCCCUUUCGUUUUCAGAGCCUGCGCGCUACUACCGCUUGACACCGAUGGGCUUCAUACAGCGGAUUACGAAGCGUUUGCCUUCGACACCUGCGCUGCCGUCGAUCGAGGACUUCUCGCGUGAGAAGGGCCGGUCUCUUCCCAGAUUUGCAUUUUUCAGACGGCGGAUACGACUAAAGGGGAACUCUUCCAUUUCGAUACCCUUGGGAUUUGUCUUAUUAUUUCCAUGUCUUGUAAUAAUCCUCAUUCUGCUUCUUUUCGUUCGACAUCCUUCUUCCCCCGGUCGAAUCCUCAUACCAGCCGGCGCGCCGCCAUCAAUAAGAAAAAUCAGCGAGAAACAUGACAAGGUCUUCGCCACCGGAUGCCAAAAUAUCGACACGAGUGGCCCAAGGGCAAAUGCCGCCUUCGUGGUUCUGGCCCGAAACAAGGAGAUCGAUGGUGUUAUCCAGUCGAUCAAGUCCAUCGAGCGACACUUCAACCGCUGGUGGCACUAUCCAUACGUGUUCCUCAACGAUGGUGACUUCGACCAGAAGUUCAUGGACACGGUGAAGAACUAUACCAGUGCCCCGGUCGAGUUUGGCAAGAUCGAUAGCAGCAUGUGGGGCUACCCUGACUGGGUCGACCACGAGGUCGCCAAGGAAGGUAUCCGGAAGCAGGGUGAUGCUGCUAUCAUGUACGGAGGAAUGGAGAGUUACCACCACAUGUGCAGGUUCUACUCUGGCUUCUUCUACAAGCACGAGCUCCUGAUGAAAUACGAAUGGUACUGGCGUUUGGAGCCAGAGAUCAAGUACUUCUGUGAUAUCACUUACGAUCCCUUUGUGAAGAUGGCCGAAUAUAACAAGACAUACGGGUUUACGAUCGCCGUCAAGGAGCUCCGGGAGACAGUACCCAAUAUUUUCCGCUAUGCCUCCGCUUACAAGCGCAACAAGGGUCUCGAGUCUAAGGGCCUUUGGGAGAUGUUUCUGGAAGAACCGGAAGAACAGACCGAAGACAAGCCCAAGGAAGAAAAGAAGGAAGAGAAGCUCCCAGAGGAGAUCCUGCAAACCGAGCAGGGUGACCAGAGCAUUCCGGAUAUUGACCCUGAAGCUAUGGAGGGCGAGAAGUACAACAUGUGCCAUUUCUGGAGUAACUUUGAGAUCGCACGUCUGGACUUUUUCCGAAGUAAGGAAUACGAGGAGUUCUUCGAUAUGAUGGAUAAAAGUGGUGGUUUCUGGAUGGAAAGAUGGGGUGACGCUCCUAUCCACUCUCUUGCCGCCGGUGCGCUUCUCUCCCCGAGCGACAUCCACUAUUUCCGCGACUUUGGCUACAGACAUACCACCAUCCAGCAUUGUCCCGCCAAUGCCCCGGCACGACAACUUCCCCGCAUUCCGUACUUGGAGAAGACAACGGAAGAUGAGAAAAAGCGGAUUGAAGAAGAUGAAUACUGGGCUACUCCGGACCCUGUCAAGGAGAAUGGUGUUGGCUGUAGGUGCAAGUGUGACACUGAUAUCGUCGAUGUCGAAGGUAAACAGGGCAGCUGUCUCGCGCAAUGGGUUGAGGUGGCUGGAGGUUGGGCAUCGCCGUAGAGUUGAGAUUCUUAUUACGUUUUUCAUUGUACCAAUUUUCGCCUCGAUUCCAUACCUAUUUUUCUUUUUCGACUUUGAGCAUCGCUUGGGUCACCGUUGGAGUUAUUUGCUUGGCCUGCAUGUCCAUAUCGGCCGUGGUGGGGUUGUUCCGGACGGCGUUAAAACGGAUCUGACGGGACUUCAUUUGAGGAAGUCAAUGUCACCAUUCUCGUCAAUAUUGCCUGGCUCAUCUA